CAAAUCCAGGAGUUCCGUGCCCCAAAAAUUGAGCAUCUGCCACCAGGAGGGUUCCAGAGGGCUCCGGGGAGGACAGAAGAGUCUCCCGGAGUUGUCCAUCCCUGGGAAUACUCCUGGAGUGUCUCGACACCUCCCUCCUGCUCCACUUUGUCCCUGUUUUCCCAGGUUGGGAAGGGCUGCUGUGCUGCUCUGAAGGCCAUGGGCUCCAUCGUGUACGUGACAGAGAUCGACCCCAUCUGUGCCCUCCAGGCCUGCAUGGACGGGUUCCGGCUGGUGAAGCUCAACGAGGUCAUCAGACAGGUCGACAUCGUCAUCACCUGCACGGGGAACAAGAACGUGGUGACCAGGGAGCACCUGGACAGGAUGAAGAACAGCUGCAUCGUGUGCAACAUGGGGCACUCCAACACCGAGAUCGACGUGGUGCGUGUGGGGUCGGGGCUGGGGGGGGCUUGGGGGAUGGUGCUUUGGGGUGACUGUGCUCUGAGGUUGGGUGGUUUGGGCUGAAGGUGGUUUGGGGACACGGUGUUUUGGGGUGAUGGUGGCUUGAGGUGACUGUGCUUUGAGGGCCGCCUGCUGAACCUGAGCUGCUCCACCGUCCCCACCUUCGUCCUGUCCAUCACGGCCACCACGCAGGCCUUGGCUCUGAUAGAGCUCUACAAUGCUCCCGAGGGCCGCUACAAGCAGGACGUGUAUUUGCUGCCUAAAAAAAUGGACGAGUACGUGGCCAGCCUUCACCUGCCGACGUUCGACGCCCACCUGACGGAGCUGACGGACGAGCAGGCCAAGUACCUGGGGCUGAACAAGAACGGACCCUUCAAACCAAACUACUACAGAUAUUGAGUUCCUGCCGCUGGAUCCCCGGGAAUGGCGGGGAACAAGCCCCCAAGUCUCUUCUCAACUACUGUACAGGAUGACCCCGCGCAAGCUUCCCACGCUCGAGCCGGGCUUGCUCCGUAGUCACCGUGUGUUUUAGGUUAUUUAUUUAUUAAAUUAGGAUACUGUUCAUGCGGCCUCUGCCACUGGUGUUCGUGCUGCCGCGGGACUGGGACACGCUGGAUUUCUUUUCCGUUCCUUUCGUUUUCCUCUUUGGAUUCGUUCUUUCUCGGGGCUGGGGAGGAUGAGGAAGGAGCUGGUGGGAUCGAGCCGUGGGACGGUCCGUUGUCGCCGAUGGAGCCACGGGGUCCGACUCGGAAGUCGACGUUGGUCCCCUCCAUGUCCCAGCGCUGCUUCCAGCGGCGCGGGAUCCCGGGAUGGGUUUGGAUUUCUCCUGCUGUUUGAUGACGAAGCCAAAAACCUCGUUCUCUCCAGGCUCCGGCGAGUGGCCGGAUGCCGCCGCCCGUCCGGAGCCGCCCCGGUGGAUCCCUCUGGAGAAGCCUCUCGUCCGUGCUGUGGAACUUUCCGAGGGCUGGUGCCACCAACCCUCUGGAGAACGUCGCCUUAGCGCUGCUGGAAGCUGUGGGGAAGGGUCCGGGCAGGGAGGAGCCGGGCGGGCAGAGCCCAGCGCCGCUCCCGCCGCUCCCGCAGCUCCGCAGCGUUUUCCUGCUGCUCUCGUUCCCAGUGCCAACCUCUCUGGAUCAACCAAAGCCGUGUUCCCGGGGGGGCUAGGGCAGCUCCCGCUGUGCUGCUGGAAGAGCUCCCCCGGCAGAUGCUGCUCAUGCACCGGGAGCUCUUCCCGAGCCGGGCAGAGCUCCCCGGACAUCCCGGCUGGGGGGACCCGUGUCCACGCCAGGGCUUUCUCCAGCUGCGUUUCAGUCCUCGUUGGAAGUGUUUGGAGUUUUCUUUUCUGGGUUGAUUAUUUCAUUACUUUAUUUAUGGAUCUGGGACCCCCCCCCUGGGGUGGAUGAGACGUCUGGUGGAGGAUCCUCCACACGAAUUCAGUGUCACUGAAACCCUUCAGUCGCCUCAGAUCUUGAAGCAUCAGAGCUGAGGGAGAAUAAAUUGGCCAUAGUUCCUUGCUUUAUCCCAGGAUGUCCCUCUGGAGCGCUGACACGCUUCCCAAGGUGACUUCCCAAGUCGCUUUCAUUAUCCACGUGGAGAACAUGAUCCGUCUAAAAUAAAACUGCCCGACCCCGUGAGCACAAACCCUUUUAUCCCCUGGCUGCUGCUUUGGUUCCCGAGUCUCUCAUCAGCCACAGAGUCGUGUUUUGUCCUCCUGGGCUUCUUUGCCAUCAUGAAAAACCCUUUUGUGGCAGCUCGUUCAUGCACAAGGAAGGAAAAACUGUGGAAUUACGAUCUCGGCAUCCAAGUUCUUCUCGUGGUUCUCGGGUCGUGAGCUUUGGAGCAAACGUUCCCUGUGUCAGCAUAUUCCAAGUUUGUCUCUGAAUUCUCUCAAAACCUGGAAGGAAAACCUUUGGAGAACUUGGGAGACCUUGAGGAGACCUUGGGAAGACCUUUGGGAGACCUUGGGAAGACCUUCCGGAGACCUUGGGAAGAUGUUCAGGCUUUGAGGGCUUUGAGAAGGCUCUGAGGAGACCUUAAGGCCUUGAGGAGCUUCAUCACAGACUGACCUGGAACCACAGACUUGAAGUCACCUCUGCCCAAGAGUUUUAUCCAGAUCCUGAGCUUUUUUUGGGAAGAGUCCCCUGAGCCGUUGGAAACGUCCCAUCCAGGUCUCUCCCUGCGCCGGAUCCACCCUGGUCUGUGUCAGCCCCAAGUUCCUGGAGAGGCCCCACCUGGAAUCUGCUCCUGGCCGAGGGGACAGGCGGUUGUGGGGCCACGUGGGAGCAGCUCCUGGAAGAGCGGGUGUCCCACCCACCCUGGGAAAACCCCUCUCCACCCCCAGGACCCUCCGGAGCAGCUCCCGCCGCCGCUUCCCACCCCGUGUCCGUCACUCGUGCCACAGCCAGUGGUGCUGCUGAUCCACGGAUCCCUCCGUGCCCGUCUCAUCUUCCAGGUAGACAAGAAGGGGGGAAAAAAAAAUAAAAUAUCAGUAAUAAAAUCCCACCUGGCCUUUCCCACCUCGAUUCUCCAAACUCUUCUCCGUGUUCUGCUGCUCCUGUAAAGCUUCUUGGCUCGCUUGGCUUUUUCCUAAUCAACCUGGAAUCAUAUCCUGUGAUCAUCUCUAAAUUAAAUGUUAAUGGGGUUUGGUUUCUUUUAUCUUUUUGUUUGUUUGUUUUUUAAAAUGUAACGCGUUUGUUUGUUUUUUUUUCCAAGCUUUUGGGGGAAAAAAAAGGAGAUUUUUAGGUAACACCAGCAAAAUAAGGAAUAAAAUAAAGGAAAUUUAAUUCUGUCCUGAACUUUUAGGAAUAACAAAGCAAAACCCGUCAUCAGCAGGGAGGGAACGGAACCGUCGCACCCGUAACAUUUCAAAAGGAUGUUUUAAAUAUUAAUGUCUGAGUGAUUGUAUUAGAUCAGCAAUAAAGACUCUGUAAUCUCGAAACACAAAUAAAACAUGGGAAAACUCG